GCGAGCGCUGGCCGGCCGCCGUCAUGGCCUCUGAGUCUCCGGCGGGGCCCUCGGCCGUGGCGGCCCCCAAUGCCACGGCGCCGGCGGCAGCGUGGGCCAACCGCAGCGAGCGGCCCCUGUUCCACGAGUUCGCGGCGCUGGACGAGGAGCUGCACCGCGCCUUCCCGGGCCUGUGGCUGGCGCUGCUGGCCGUGCACGGCGGCGUCUCCCUCGCGGGGCUGGCGCUCAACGGGCUGGCGCUGUACGUGUUCUGCUGCCGCACGCGGGCCUCCACGCCCUCCGUCACCUACACCAUCAACCUGGUGGUGACCGACCUGCUGGUGGACCUGUCGCUGCCCACGCGCUUCGCCGUCUUCUACGGCACGCGGGGCUGCCUGCGCUGCGCCUUCCCGCACGUCUUCGGCUACUUCCUCAACAUGCACUGCUCCAUCCUCUUCCUCACCUGCAUCUGCGUGGACCGCUACCUGGCCAUCGUGCAGCCCGAGGGCUCCCGGCGCUGGCGCCAGCCGGCCUGCGCCCGGGCCGUGUGCGCCCUGGUGUGGCUGGCGGCCGGCGCCGUGACGCUGUCGGUGCUGGGCGUGGCGGCCGGCGGGCCCUGCUGCCGGGUCUUCGCGCUGACGGUGCUGGAGUUCCUGCUGCCGCUGCUGGUCAUCAGCGUGUUCACCGGCCGCAUCGUGUGCGCGCUGUCGCGGCCGGGCCUGCUGCGCCAGGGCCGCCAGCGCCGCGUGCGGGCCAUGCAGCUGCUGCUGACCGUGCUCGUCAUCUUCCUGGUCUGCUUCACGCCCUUCCACGCGCGCCAGGUGGCCGUGGCGCUGUGGCCCGACCUCCCCCGCCACGCCAGCCUCGUGGUCUACCACGUGGCCGUGACGCUCAGCAGCCUCAACAGCUGCAUGGACCCCAUCGUCUACUGCUUCGUCACCAGUGGCUUCCAGGCCACCGUGCGCGGCCUCUUCCGCCGGCACGUGGCCGAGGGGGAGCCCGGAGCCGGCGCCCCGGUCGGCGUGCGCAAGAGCUCCCGGGGCUCGGGCCACCGCCGCAUCCUCGGCGCCGGCCCCGGUGCCCUGACCCAGGCCCUGGCUAAUGGGCCGGAGGCGUGAUUGGCAGGACCCAGCCAGGAGGCCCAAGGGCAGGGCCGGCCAGGUCAGGACCAGCUCGGCCCGGCGGCAGGUCGGUUCCACCUGACCCGUGGGUGACGUCUGCGCAGGGCACAGCCCGCGGAUCCCAGGGCCGCUGCGCGCUGGUUGGCGAGCAGUGUCCGCUGGCUCCAGGCUGGCGGGGGCUCCGACCGCUACUGCCUCCCUGGAGUGUGGACGUGUCCCUGGACAUGGGGCGGCUGGCACGCCUUCUGCCGGUGUUCUGUCCCCAGAAGGGGGUCUGCAGCCAAAGGGACACGGGCUUUUAGAAACUGGGGCUCCAAGGAGAGUGAGUGAGUCACCCUGAAGCCUGGCCUGCAGCCCAGUGGUUAGAGCGUUGGCCACGCACUGAAGGAUCUCGGUCAGACUCCUGGUUCAGGGCACGGACCUGGGUUGCAGGUUCCAUCCCUCCUGCCCCCGUCGGGGUGCA